AUGUCUUUUUUCAGUGAGAAUAAGUUACUAUUCGGCACUGUGGGGAUUGCACUAUCCUCUGUAGCUGUUGGAUAUGUUAUAGGUAGGCAGUAUAAGAAAAUAUUUUCUCACAACAAGCGGAAAACCAAUGACGUUGUUAAGCAAUAUCUGUUAGAACAUGGCAUGCGAGAACCCACCCCGCUGAGGAAACUUAGAGAGGUGAGAUUUUACAAGUUCUGUAAGCCUAACAAAACUUACAUUGAAGAAAAGGGAAUGAUCGAACGCUAUACCUACUUCCUUCAGUACAAAUUUAUGUAAAUGUUGUGGUUCAGUUUUAUCCUUGAUUUAAAUUUUGUUUCCCUUUGUUUUAGACUGAUUAUCGUACAUUACCACUGAUUACCAUAACCAAAAACAAAGGGAUUGAACUAAAUUGAACCACAACAUACCUUUUACUGGUCACAUUCCACAGAAUCCAUUCCACAUGUCAUCGUGCUUCACUUAAAUUAGCAUCACCAAAAGUGUCUCCUUGAUCUUAAACCCUAAUCCUUAACCAAAAUGUUGUUUUUGAUCGAGGGGGAUUUGUUUGGUUUAUCGUUACCUAUCAAUGAAUCAGAGACCUGUAAUUGUGAUCUGUGGAAAGUGACCUCUGCAAAAGGAACUUCUCUGUUUCUGGCUCACUCAACUUCUUUGUCAUCAGAGGUGUUUGCAGAAUGCUCAAAGAACAGCAAAUGCCGAAUGACUAUGAAGAUUAGAGAUUGGUGUUUACCUACUGAGUGAAUCAGGUUCCAUUUAGGGUCAUUAUACUGGGGAAAAUAACCUGAAACUUGAUUCACUCAGUUUCCUAACCCUAAUCACUUAACUCCAGAGUCAUUUGGCAUUUGGUGGCCAUUUGGGGUUCUGCAAAACACCUUUACUGCUCUUUUGUCAUUUGUAUGUUAUGUUUCAAAAACAUAUGCGAAGGUUGCACAGUCCAAACGGGUGAAAGCGUUUGAAACCAGGACAAGUCCGCAGGGGGAGCGUUUUGCUUUUGAGCAUUUGAAAACCUGAUGAAAGCAAUACCACAAGUUGUGGAAAUAACUUCCCCAACAAAGAAAAUUAGUAGGAAUUAUCAUUUUAAUGAGUUUUUGCAAUUGAAAUGUAUUAUUUGAGGAAUGGAAUGUGAUUGUGUCACCUCCUUUCUGCUCUGUGAUGAAUUAUUGCAUAAUUAUGUCACAGUGCCUUGUUUUUUCUUCAGAUAUCAUGUGUUAUUAUGGAAUAAGAAAUUAGAAAACAUGUUCUCAAUCAAUUAGAAUUUUAAAAAAAACAAUUUAUGAUUAAGAAUUGAAAAUGAUAAAAUAUGUUGCAAAACAUUUUAUACUUAAUUGUGGUAUAUGUGAAAAAGUAAAUUAAAAAGUACAUUGCAAGUCCUCUCUAUGUUGAUAUUGCAGGCAACUGCUCGUUCAACUGAAAGACGUGAAGGCAUGAUGUGUAGUGCUGAUGAAUCACAACUUAUGAGGCUAUUUAUGCAGUUAUUGAAAGCUAAGAAGGUUAUUGAAAUAGGUAAGAUAAAUCAGGGUAUGAACUUGUGUUGCUAUGAAGGCUACCAGGAGUGCAUGCAGUUACUAUAGUUAGUGUCAUGUCUAAAAGGUUUUAUGUAUUGAGUAAAAAACACAUGAACAAGUGAAGGCUUAAGUACUAUCCACCAAUCAGGCCUGGUCUGGGGGUUAUUGGUUGGGGGUAGUGAGAUACCAGUAUAUACAGCUGUACCCUAUUUUUCCCCAUAACUAGAAUACAUGUACAUUGUGGUUCAAUUUUAUCCUUGGUUCAAAUUCUAUUGUCUUUUGUUUUUAGGUAUGGUAAUGUAUGAUAAUAACAUGAUAAUGAGUUUGAAACACAAGAAAAUAAAACUUAAACCAAGGAUAAAAUAUUAUUGAACCACAACAUACAUGUCGUAAUAUACAUAUUUAAAAUAAUUGUAACAUCUUUGAUAUCGAUUAUACAGGGCUUCUGAUAUGUCAUGGGGAAAAAAGUCAAAUUUCAUGGGAAUUUUAGGAACAAAUUUGGGGAAAAAUUGGCCGAUUUCAUGGCAAUAUUGUGGGAAUUUUCGAGGCAAACUUCACCGAAAAGCAAUCUUAAAAAACGGCCGAUUUUGUGGUUAUUUUCAGGGCUGUCUGCACUGAUGAGACCAGCGUUUUUAACGUUUUUCUAAGAGAUGUCAUCAUUUGCUCUUUCAACAACAAUGCGCUCCAGAAAUGAACCAAUGGCAAGGCCUUUAACAUCAUGGCUAGUGCCCAGUUUUUCACAACAUAAUCUACGCCUGGUAGUUUCGGGACAUUGUUUGCAAGUUUCAGUGAUGAACUUUCAAGAUAAAUUUGUAAGUUUACGGCAGGUAAACUGCCCCAACAGCUGAGAUAAGUUUCAAAUAUGUUAUUCAGACACGAAUUUGAUAAGAUUUCUUCUAAAUUUUGCGUUACUUUUUUUGCAUGUUUUUUGAGAAUUUCAUGGCUCCAUGACUGCGCAAAAUAUGAGAAGCUCUGGUUGUAUAAAAUCACUAAACAGCAUGCAGUCAACUGUCUCUAAGACAUGCACCUUUGGCACCAGUACUAAGUGUCCAUCUUAUAGAGAGUCAAAUAUAGGGAGUAAAGAAAGGCAGGGACUAACUGUGUGUGUCCGUUUUACAGAGGUGUCCGUUUUAUAGAGGUGUUCAUUAAGAGAGAGUCAACUGUACCUUUUCCCUAAAAAUGAUAUUAUCAUGUGAUUGAGCGAUAAAGAUUCAGUGAAUAACUUCUGCUGGCCACUGCUGUCGAUCACGAGCGUUUUCCAAUAUUCCCUCUUUUACCAGCCCAUUGCAAAUAUUCUAGUGAGCAUAUUUCAAUCACCGUGUCAACGUGCAUUUAUAAAUGGAAAAGUGUACAAAAAUUGGUGUCUAAAUACCAAACACCAAAAAUUCAGGAAAAUCAAGAUACUUUUUAAAAUACCUGUAUUGUGACAUCAAAAAUAUACUGUACAUGUAUACCUGGCUAAAAAGACUUCAGACUCCUGAAUACCCAAAACCCCAGACCAAUUAAUGUCAAUUAUGCAUGCAAAUACAAUAAGUAGUCACAGCAUAUAUUAUUGAAAAACACAUGCCAAUCUACCAACUCAUCUAGAAAUAUAUACUAUCUUUAUGCCUGCACCUUGUUUUAGCAAACUCUCCCCAUGCAAAAAUUCAUAUGAACCUCUGAGCAGACUGUAGGUCAAAGGUCAAAUGAACACCCAUUUCUUUUUUGUUUCUAGUUAUUGUGCCCUAGCUGCUUCAUAAAGGGUGCUUAUCUAUUACUGCAUUAAAAUUAUUCUGCUGCUUUAAUAAUGCAAAUGAGGCCAAGCAGACAAGGAUGUGGCUAAGGAAAAGUCAAGCAGGUUUUUUUGUUGGUCAAGCUGGCAUUUUUAUUUUUUUUGCUGGUCAAGCUGCAAUGGUUUUGUUUUCUAGGGCCUUUUGAGCCAGUGUUUGGGUCUUUUUCAGCCGGUGGAAUUAGCCGGCAGCCCGCUCUUAGGGACAUCCCUGAGCAGAUACUGAUUUGGUAGAAAACAAAUGAUUUUUUUUUUUUCUGGUGUUGGAUGCCAUUCUUCUUUUUGAUUUAAAGGUGGAACACAUUGCAGUAGCUCCCACACACCUUAAUCAUUACCCACAUGUAUGUGCUUUAUUGACUAUUUUUUCCUGUGCUCCUGAUCUAUGGACCAUAUUUUGACGCAAAUAUUGUUUGAAAUAAUAUUAUUGCGGUAGGACCGAACUUGAAUUUCAGAUGAGUAGGUAGGACCAAUUAUUGUACACAUAAGUCAGUUCAGUGUGAACAGUACAAAUUAUAGUUGUCUGCUCUAACAAAAUUUAACUCCUCAAAAGCGAAGAGUAUUUUGUGCAGGUAGUUAGUUUGGUCAAGCACAGCUCAGAUGAUGUGAAUUAUUCUGGGUUCAGGGGGAGGGAGUGCUCAACAAAGUUUUCGGGGAUGCUCCGCCAAGGUCCAACCCAUCACCUUUUUAUAUACCAUUUUUGAGAGAAAAGGUACACCUUUCACAUACCUUCCAUGGUUUAGAACACUGCAAAUCCCUUUAAACUGCUUUAAAUACACCGUCUUUCUAGUAUGAAUAAAUAAUCACUUAUUCAGAAAGUUUUGUUGACUUUUUCACAGCCAUAAAAAGUAUCUGUUUAAUUCCUUUUACAGACUGAAAUGACAGUUUUUCUUACCCUUUAAUAUACUUCAACUUGUGAAAUCUGUACCCUUUUAUGUAAAGGUAUGACAGACCAUUCAUAGCUAAUGAAAUGCAUGCAUGUAAGGUUGAAAAAAGAAACAUGUUUACCUGUAUUUUAUGUUUACAUUGUCAACAUUUGUGUAACUUACAGGGGUGUAUACUGGUUAUAACACAUUAAGCAUGGCUACGAUGCUUCCCCCAGGAGGAAAAGUUGUGGCUUGUGACAUAACAGACAAAUAUCUGAUGCAGAUUAAUUCUCAGCAGUACUUUGAAGAGGUAGGAAAAUGUUUAUUGUCUUUGAGGGGCAGCAGCAGCAGGUCAUAUUCAUGUACGCCAUGCAUGUACUACUACAUUGACACAUUGUGGAUAUGACAAGAAGCUUAGUAGAGGUUCUCAAUGUGAUGUGCUGGUGUAUUGCACAAUUAAUGGUUUCGUCAGUUUUUCAAUUAUUAGUUAGUUUAGUUAGUUUAAUUAUCAAACAGUUUAUUUCUUUACUUGAAGGUUUUCACAUGUCUGAGAAAAUUUAAACUGCUUAAAAAAUAAAGUAUGUUUAAAAUUAAUUGCUACCAGAAUCUUGUUGCAAUACAUAUUUUGAAGGCCAAAGGUCUUAAGGCUGAAAUUAAGGUUCCAUCCUCAGGAAGCAAAUACUCUUCCCACAAGUUAUCUUGGCACUCUCAAAAUUAGAACUUGUGACCUUUUAAAAUCAUUGUCAUUGCACUGUUAAAAUCAUAUUGCUACUCGAGUUAAUGAGUAAAAAUGAAUGAAACGUGGAGUGAAAUCCAAGGAAACGAGACUUUUUUUAGUUCAAAUUAGUGAGAGAAUUUGAAUUAUUCGAGUUUGAAUUACCAGGGUUUCUGUCCUUAUUUAUCACUGAUUUAUGUGGCACAACGUAAACUAUUAGUUCACCAGUAAUUUCUGUUACCCCUCACAGUCAGUUUAUAUUUUGUAUUUAUUUAUUUGUUAAUAACGAUUUUGAGAAACAUGUAGAAGGCAGUGUAUUCAAGGCGUUGCAAUGAAUCAAUCUUAAUGAAAGUUUCUUACAUUAUUAUACAUCAUGAAGAUUAUUUGAUGAGAGAUAUACAGAAAAGCGCUAAAAGUCAAAUUUAGAAUAAAGUUGCACUGAGACAGGUGAUGAGAAAACAGGUUAGUUUUCAGGACCGUGAGAGAGAAAAUACACCAAAAUUUCCCAGCGGCGAAAUAUGAUAUUAAGCAGUAUUCUGACACUUAAGAUUAUCAAUUUGAGUUUUUUAGAACUUUUUUAUUAAAGCAAUUUAUGAACGCUAUUGAAAUAUAAGGUUUGAAAUAUAUUUACGUUUUAUUUGAAUUCAAACAUACAGAAUUUUUUACUUCUCACGGAGGUCAUUUGCCAAACAUCACACUUAAAGUUCCUGGUGCCGGAUUUUCAGUAGCAGGUCUAGAUUGCGCAAAAUUCGACUUUUAUCGAUUUCAAAGUUUUUCGUCUAUUGUUGUCAUAGUGAUAUCAGUCUUAAUUUAAAAACUGCAUUUUGACAAACAGACACUUGUUUGUUAGCGAUGGGACAAAUAUGGGUAAGGUCUCCGAAAAAUUGUUUCAAAACACCUUUAAAAGACCGUAUUGAAUUUACUGAGUUCAUUUCGGGAUUGUCUGGGGUGUAUAGAGCCAAUCUAACAGUGAAUCAUAUUUGUAAAGGCAGGGGUUGAAUCGAAGAUAGAUUUGAGGCUACAAUCUGCGAUCACCACUCUAGGUAAGGGACAUUAUAAUUAUGAGCUAAAACUGUUGAUUAGUCUAAGCAGUUUCAUCUAAAAUUUGAUCCUAUAUUUCUAAGCUUUCUUAGUAAGUGGGUUGUGGAAUUUGGUCGGAAAGACUUUAAGAACCAACGAAAUCGUGAACGUCUUAAAAUAAGACACAUGAAAGUUACAGCCGUUUUAGACUUUCAGACUUGUUUUGAAUAGCCUAUGUGGCAGGUGUAAAGAAGGCCGGAAGGGGGAGGGACAAAAGCAAAAGGGAUAAGAGAGCUCUCGUUCCCCCUCCCCGUUUCCCUUUCUUCCCCCGGCUCUGCUAUGCAGGCUAGGUUUAAAUAUGUCUACUUGUCAGUUUAACAGGCCCGUUAUGUAAAGAUGGGUUACACUAAUCAUGGUACUUAUUAAACAGCAAGUCUUAUAAUUCAUACAUGCGUUUUAGAAUCCUCUAGGACAAAUACGGCAGAAAACAUGAAAUUUCGUUCCCAGGGUAGGGGAGGGAGGCACUUAACAGGUGUUUGGGUGCCACAGGGUCUAACCCUAACCCCAAAUAUGACAUCCCCUCCCCUAAGGAUUAUAUUUACCAAAACUGAAAUCCGGAGUAGCUGGUUAUACCUUUUCUGCACUAUUGUCUUUGUUGUUGCUGUUAAUUUUUUCUUUUUUUUAAUCAAAAUUUCUGUGAAAUAUCUACCGGUUCUUGUUCGAAUCUCCUCGUAAAGUUCGUCAUUACCUUAGGUCUUGGCCUCGCUUUCUAGGGCAAUUGCUGCAAAUCAUGAAUGAUAGAUUUUAAGUGGUGAAUGGCAAAUAAGUAGUAUCUUGUGACCUUUCCUUAGAUGAGCUGAUAGACGCAGGAGAGAGUGGAAGUUACGACCUGGUUUUUAUUGACGCUGACAAGACGGAGUAUGACCAGUAUUAUGAGAAAUCGCUGCAGCUGUUGCGCAGUGGGGGAAUUGUUGUCGUUGACAAUGUAAGAUAUAAGUAUUUUUAAAUCCAAACUUUGCUGCGUAAAACAAUAGACCCUUUCACGGUUUUUCAACUUUUCACUGGGACCAGUUAGCGAAAAUCCGUCAACGUGGCUGGAAAGAACGCCUUAAAGCUGCCAAGUUUGAAAGUGAUGUGUUGAAAACCAACGAAGCGAUACAUCUCCGCAAAGUCGCAGAAUUUUGCAGACGUUUGUAUGGUGGUGGUGGUGGUGGUGGUGGUGGGGGGUUGGGGGGUAAGUUCGUGCCCCCACCAUACAAACGUCUGUAAAAUUUUGCGAGUUUGUGGAGCAAUAUCUUUCAUGUUGCUUUGGAAGUGUCACCUUUAAACUUGGUAAGUUACCUUAUUUAAGGCCCUCUUUCCAGCGAUGUUGAUGGAUUUAUGCUUGCUGACUACUUUUUAUCAAAAAUUAAAAAAAAAGGCCGCGAAAGUCUGUUCUGAGAUUCAGCCGCUAUGUUCAUACGAUACCAGACAGUUUUUCGUGCCUUUCGUGCAGACACGAAAAGCUAUCGGUAUAGUAUGAACAGUAACGGUACAGAACUGGAACAAGUCGUUCACGCGCUGACAUCGAACAUCGUAGAGGAACGGUUGGCCGAGAGGGUUUGGUUCUCUAAUUCCCAAUCCUCGCUCCUGAAUAUUUACUUCCGUCUAAAAGGGUUCCAGUCCUCUUUCUUACUUAUUUACUUCCGCUACGGUCCAAGUACCUUCACACUACACCAAAAUGUGGCCGACAAAACCUGUACGAUGUAUGACGCACCACUUUCGAGAUCGGCGCGGCGCAGUUACAGAAAUGGCGCCAAAAUCACCGUUCGUAUUUGUGAACAGAAGCCCUAUCAGUCCGGUAUGACUUCCGGUAUAGUAUGAACAUAGCCUCAGUCUGUCUAUUUGUGUCGAGGCUUUGCAGAACUGGAUAGUGCGAACGUCAGCCGAGAAGAAGCCGGACUCCUACCUAAGUUCGCUUCCUCUCCUUUCCGCGGCUUCUGUCGUUUUCUUCCCCCAUUAUUUUCUUUUCUUUUGCUGGGCAUUUAUAGGUGUAGUCAGACGCUCUGGGAUUAUAUGCUUCUACUUGUAUCAGUCAAAGGAUGCAUAUAUACUUCUACUUAUAUCAGUCAGUGGAUUCAUUCGGAUAAGUUAAAACUGAAUUUCGAUAAGACAGAAUGUCUUCUGAUUGGAACGCGACAACAAUUUCAGAAAGUCAGUAGGAGUCCCCGACCGAUAAGGUACUGAUGUUAAAUUGCUGCAUCUUGUGAAGUUCGAAACCUAGGAACCCGGUUUGAUUCUAAAAUGAGUGUGCUAAGUCAUUUCAGCAAAACUUGCUCAUCCGCUUUCUAUUAUAUUUAUAACAUGCGUAGAAUUAGGAAAUAUUUAAGUCGUUCAGUCACCGAAUCAUUAGUUCAUGCUUUUAUAACCAGUAGAAUAGAUUAUUGUAACAGUCUACUACAUGGCCUCCCGAAUUCACAUAUCAUGAAACUCCAACGGAUACAGAAUGCCGCGGCUCGGUUUUAAGUUUAAGAUUCUACUUUUGACAUUUAAGUGCUUAUAUGGUCAAGCUCCUAAUUAUUUAAUUGAUUUAAUUACUAUCAAAAAGCAAUCCAGGUACUCUGUAAGGUCAAGUCAAAUGAGUCUAUGUUCGUCGAGUUACCAGGCAUUAAGACCCAUCCAACUCUUGGCGACCGUGCAUUCCAGUCAGCUGCACCUUAUCUCUGGAAUGCAUUACCUCCGGCAAGUCGCAACAUGAAGACAUUGGACACUUUUAAGACUGCUGUUAAAACUUUUUAAUUUAGCUCUUAAAUAGAUUUAAUUUUGGCUUUAGUCGCCUUUAACAUAAAUUUAAUGUAACAUUAUUGUAAAGCGCAACCGAAUGUAUUCAUAUAGAGGUUUGCGCCAUAUAAAUGUAAAUUAUUAUUAUUAUUAUUAUUAUUAUUAUUAUUAUUAUUAUUAUUAUUAUUAUUAUUAUUAUGUAAAAUUUAGCACAGGGAUUUUCCCUGGGGAGAAAUAUCCAGUCAAGUCUCAUCCCGAAACCUCAGACUUCCAGCACCUUUCUGAGGAUAUGUGCCGAUCCGAGGAGUGCCGACUUUUGCAUCGUUCUUGUUCGGUUUUUAAUUCCUAGUUGCUCCAAGUGGCCUGCCAGCCUCUUUGACACUGAACCCAAUGCACCUAGAACCACUGGCACCACUUUUGUCCUUGAUUUCCAGAUCCUUUGAAUCUCUCUUGCCAGGUCUUGGUACUUUUCACACUUUUCAGUUUCUUUCUGCAGUAUAUUAUACUAUCUCCGCGAACAGCUAUGUCCACAAUGAUUGUUUCCUUUGCCUUCUUUUUCUGAAUUACAAUGUCUGGCCUCCUGUGAUGGAUUUCACGGUCUGUUUGGAUGGUAAAGUCCCACAACAGUUUAACCUCCUCAUUCUCUUCUACGCUUUUGGGGGAAUGCUCAUACCGUUUGUCACUGCAGUGCACCAUUUGUCACUGCAUAUUCCUUGCACACCUCCCAAUGAAUGACCCGCCCAACAACAUCAUGUCUCUUUUUAUAUUCUGUCUGCGCAAGCUUGGGGCAACUACACAAAAUAUGCUGCGCAGUCUCAUCGUGGCUACCACACAUUCUGCAUUUGGAUGAUACAUUUUGGUUUUCGAUUCUGGCUUUUACGGCGUUUGUUCUUAGUGCCUGAUCUUGCGCGGCAAAAAUAAGCCCUUCUGUCUCCUUCUUCAGUUCACCAGUUCUUAUCCACUCCCAAGACACACCAGAUAGGUCAUCUGUCUCUCUCUUGAACUGCCCAUGUAGCUGCUUUCCAGACCAGUCCUCAGUUCUUUUCCUCUUCAUCUUUUCCUUAUAUUCCUUUGGCGUUUCAAUUUCAUUGACAUUCUUCCUCUUCCAUGCAGCUUUCAACAACCGUUCCUGGCUCUGGCAGACGUAGACAUUGAUAUUUCUUUCUUCAAUAUUAAUGCGCAUCCUCAACACUAAUUAGUCCACGCCCUCCUUCUCUUCUUGGUAGGUACAAGCAGCUUACAUUGGACCUGGGGUGAAGAGCGCCAUGGAUGGUUAAUAGUUUCCUGGUCUUACGAUCCAAUUCAGCAAGCUCACUCUUUGUCCAAUUUACAAUCCACCCACUGUACCGAAGUAGAGAUACAGCCCAGCUGUUAAUAGCCUUUAUGACAUUACCAACAUUUAGCUUUGAGGACAAAGUUUUCUUCACUCUCCUAAUGUACUCCUUCUUCAUACUUCUCUUGACUUCGUCAUGCAUAAUGUCAUCGGCCUCCAACACCCCCAGAUAUUUAUAACCUUCAACAUCAUCUCCAAUACCUCGGAUAAUUCUUCGAUCAGGCAAUCUUAUGCCCUCUGACUUAUCCAGCUUGCCUCUUUUCAUUACCAUGGUUGCGCACUUCUCAAUUCCAAAAUCCAUACCAAUGUCACUGCUGAACAUCCGGACAGUAUGGACAAGUGAGUUAAUUUCCUUCUCAUUUCUUCCAUAUAAUUUCAGGUCGUCCAUAAACAUUAAAUGGGUUAUCUUGCCCUCUUCCUUACUGAGUUGGUAGCCUGCUCCUGAUUCGUUCAGUACACUGCUGAGAGGUAGCAUUGCAAUCACAAAUAACAAAGGGGAUAAGGAAUGCCCCUGGAAUAUUCCUCUCCUGAUUAUUAUUAUUAUUAUUAUUAUUACUUGUACGUAAAGACCGUAUUCGCGUACUUUCCUUGCGGUAUAUUCUAUAGCAAGAGAAAAUGAGGGACUUGUUUAUAGUUUAUUUCUCAGUUUGUAUGUAUGAUCAUGGCUGAUUAUUUCUCUUUAGGCUCUGUGGCAUUCAAGAGUUUGCAAUCCUGAGAUGAUCGCCUCAGAUAUGUCCACAAGAGCCAUUCACAACUUAAACUUGAAAAUUCACAAGGACAGCCGUGUUAUGAUAUGUUUUCUUCCCGUCGCUGAUGGUGUGAACAUAGCUAUGAAGCUCUAAACCCGAUACUAGCGCUGCUUAUAUGACAAUCCAGAUAAAUGGCUAUUAAUUUUGCUUUUAAAAUCCUCUGGUUAGCCCCAGGGUUCCUAAAGUACUUUUUUUCUCCAAGCAUGUUGAACAGGAGGGGGGAUGGGACAUCCUAGGAAUUGGGGGAGGGGGUACUCGCAUAUAACAGUGUCGGUGAACGCGAAGCCCUUUUGUGUUUAACAUUUGCGUUAACAAUUUUGCGAUGACGUUUCAUGGGCAAAAGGCCUUGGUGCAGAAAUUUUUUCGGCAAAAACGUAGCCUACUCAAAUUGAUAGUUGGACCUGGUUUUGCCCCAUAAAGCAUUCUGUUUGCCCCCUAAAUUUUGCAGGAGUUAUUGUCUUCAAAUACUCUUGGGAAAGUGCAAGCCUCCCAGGAGCAUUGGAAAACAAUAGUUUUUUCAAAAUUUGGCGAGGGAAGCAAGAAGAGUGUAUUAUGGGAGAAUCGAAAAUAGAGUAUAUACCCCGCCCCAGCUCCCUGUGAGGCACUCAGUUAAUUGGGAAAGAAAUGUACUAGGAGCAAAGAAAGAAGAAGAAAUGGACUCAGAAAUUGACUUGAAUACAAACGCAGGCGCCCAGUAAGCCCGCCUUUAGCAAUAUCUUUUCAGUGAUCUUGUUUAAUAGGCGUACACUACAGUAAAAACCCGCAUACAAGAACAUGUGGAUUAAGAACACCCAGGCUGAAAUUUGGUAAAAAAGGAGCCUAUAUAUAAGAACACAUUCAGCCUGAAAAUUGAAAAUUGUUUUUAUAUAUAAAAACUCUUCCCUUUGCAGUUUAAUGGAACAGUGUCUGUAGCUUUACUGUGGUAUUGCACUAAGAUCUCUGUAUAAAUGCUAGUAAUUUCACUUGCUGUGUAUAGCACAUGUAUAACAACUUACUUUUUUUUAGAAGUAAAAAAUUAACAACACUUAAGAACACUUUCAGGCUGAUUUCACCUAAAAUACCCGAUAUAUAAGAACCCAAUCAGCCUGAACCCAGAAAAUGGGUGUUCUUGUAUGCGGGUUUUUACUGUACUUGCUGAGCCUUAGUUGCUUUCUGAACACUGUAAAGUUCUGUACUCAGCUU